AUGCUGAACCGGGAGCUGGCGCUGAGCACCACGCUCCGGGAGCUGGUCCUCUACGCCGCGUUCCUGGCAGACCUCUGCGUACUGACGUUCGGCAUGGUGAGCACCGACAUGUACUACCUGAACAAAGUCAUGGCCCGUCUCUUCCUGGAGCCCUCCGAGGACGGCAGGAGCGGUUUCAGGAGCAUCGGGAGCAGAGCUGAUCUCUGGAGGUUUGCAGAGGGACCCCUCCUGGAUGGGCUCUACUGGGACAAAUGGUACAACAACGUGACAUUGGCUCCCCAGAACAGCAGCAGCCAUAUUUACUACGAGAAUUUGCUGUUAGGAGUAGCCCGGCUUCGCCAGCUGAAAGUGCGCAACAACUCUUGCUCCAUCUACCCAUAUUUCCAUACGUUUUUAGAAGACUGUUACAGCAAGUAUCGCUAUCAAGAUGAAGACAGGUCUGACUUCGGCCCAAGGAAUGAAUCUGAAUGGAAAUACACCGCAACCUCCUCGUUAUCCCCCUGGUACUGGGGAUCCAUGGGCUUGUACAGCAGUGGAGGAUAUAUGGUCACCCUGCCCAAAUCGAAGCGGGAGAGCGCGGAGAAGCUGGAGUUUCUCAGGCAGAACGGCUGGCUCACUAGAGGAACCAGGGUUGUGUUUAUCGACUUCUCGACGUAUAACGCCAAUGUAAACCUCUUUUGUAUAAUCAAGUUGGUGGUGGAGUUCCCUGCUACUGGGGGUGCUUUCACCUCAUCACAUAUCUACUCUGUGAAGCUCCUCAGAUACGUCACGUAUUACGAUUACUUCCUGGCUUCUUGCGAAAUCACCUUUUGCCUCUUCAUCAUUACAUUCAUAAUCCAGGAGGCUAUAAAAAUAGUAAAACUGAAAAAGGAGUAUUUCAGAAGUGCCUGGAACUGGCUGGAUUUGCUGCUGCUGGUGGUAUCCAUCCUUGCCAUCGCCUUCAACAUCUACCGCACUGUGGAAGUGUCGCUACUAAUGGAAAAGCUGCUCUCUGAUGCCCACGUAUACCCAAACUUCUAUUUCCUUGCUUUCUGGCAAGUCCUUUACAACAAUAUGAUUGCUGUCAACAUCUUCUUUGCUUGGAUAAAGAUAUUUAAAUAUGUGAGCUUUAACAAAACCAUGACGCAGCUGUCCUCCACCUUAUCUCGCUGUGCCAAAGACAUCUUUGGAUUUGCCAUCAUGUUCUUCAUCAUUUUCUUUGCCUAUGCCCAGCUAGGCUAUCUGGUCUUUGGGUCGCAAGUUGAAGAGUUUUCCACUUUCCAGAACUGCAUCUUCACACAGUUCCGUAUUGUGCUGGGAGAUUUUGAUUUUGAAACCAUAGAAGCAGCAAACAGGAUCCUUGGACCUAUUUACUUCAUCACGUUCGUAUUCUUUGUGUUCUUCGUAUUGCUGAACAUGUUUUUGGCUAUCAUAAAUGACACCUAUUCAGAAGUCAAAGCAGACUUUGAGGUGAUACCCAGUGAAGAACUUCAGAUCAGAGACCUCUUCAGACGGAGUUGCAAUAAGGCCCUUGUCAAGCUCAAGUUGAAGAAACCAGGGAUGGAUGCAAAUCCAGCAGAGGAGAGCUUGGAAAGCAAGGAAUUCGCAGCCACUAAAAGGAAGGAUAUUUCCAAGCUCUCCAAUGGCGACGGCGCUAACGACAAGAGCCAGCUGAAAAAAACACUUGGUGCGAAGUAUCCACCCAUGGAGGAGACGGACUCGGUCGCCACUCAGAGCUACGUCUCCACUGCAGAAUUUCAGCAGCUCUUCAGGUACACGGCUGAGUUGGAGAAGGAGUUAAACAACACCAACGCAAAACUCAGGAGAAUUAUGAAAAGCAUGCAGCACCUGCAGGGUCCUUCAGGCAAGACGGCACAGUAA